CACGUCAUUUUACUGGCAAGCUGGCUGGAUCUUAGGUGGCGCCGCCAAGCUGUGACAGUUUGAAUCAUUUCCCGUCCGUGAAUGUGUCAGAAAAGUGGAUAAAUUCUGCAUAGUCGCAAUUCAUUUUAUUGCGAUUCACAAGUGCUUUAUCACAAAAAUUGUUCUGUGAAAAUUCCCACAACUGACUCAGCUGAUUUUUCCAAAUUUGUCGCCCUGACGCAAUCGGAAUUGAUAAUUUGAUUCGUGGAUGGAAAAUUAAUUCGGCGUGGAAUUAAAUAACAAUAGGAGGCAAGAGUGACGUGUGGUUUGGACACCACUCUCUGUUUUCAUCAUACCUCGCGGACACUUUCAAGCAAAUUUCCACCAAUUUUUUGGGGGCACUUGGGCGUCCGCUGGAGUAGUUGAGCAAGUGAUUCCAGACAGGGUCAGAGGUAGUGAGGAUGCGGAGCGUACGGAGCAGCCUGAAUCUCGGGCGGAUUGCUGUCAAUAGCCAGAACAUCAAAGGAAGGACAAGUUUGUUGUGCUUGGCAGCUGUAAAUACAAAUACCAAUCAUCUGCGAAUAGAACAGAGAGGAUUUCACUUGUGCGCUCCCACAUGUAAGUCCGCCAAAGACAAUGGCACUGGAUCAAAUCCGCCAUCUGGAAAUGGAGGGAAUAGUGGCGCUUCUAGUGGUUCCGGGGGCGGUAAGGAACCACCGUCGAAGAAAAAUGUGCUGUCUUGUCCAAAAUGUGGUGAUCCCUGUACGCACGUGGAGACUUUUGUCACAUCAACGCGCUUUGUGAAGUGUGAGAAAUGUCACCAUUUCUUUGUGGUGCUCAGCGAAGUUGAUUCAAAGAAGACGGUAAAAGAGGAAGUGAAGAAUCAUCGUCGUCCCCCACCACCACCCAAGAAGAUCAUGGAGUACCUGGAUAGACAUGUUGUGGGUCAGGAUCUGGCCAAGAAGGUUCUCUCUGUGGCUGUGUACAAUCACUAUAAACGAAUCUAUCACAAUAUCCCGGCAUCUGUGUCAAGUAAUACAGCACAGAGUGAGACAAUGGCACGAAAUGAUCUCCUGCACAUCUCUGGCAUUGGCCAUACCAUGAUGAGUAGUUCGCCAUCGGAGAUGCCACGGGCAGCACCAGCUCCACAGAGUCAGACAGCUGGACAUACUACGGGAUCUGUGCUGCUGGACAAACAGACGUACGAAUUGAAAUUGGAGAAGAGCAAUAUUCUCAUGUUGGGUCCCACGGGUUCGGGAAAGACCCUCCUAGCCCAGACGAUUGCCAAGUGUCUGGAUGUGCCCUUUGCCAUCUGCGACUGCACCACACUGACACAGGCCGGCUAUGUGGGCGAAGAUAUUGAGAGUGUGAUCGCUAAGUUGCUCCAGGAUGCCAAUUAUAGUGUUGAACGAGCUCAGACGGGAAUUGUUUUUCUCGAUGAAGUGGACAAAAUUGGCGCUGUGCCAGGUAUACAUCAGCUGCGCGAUGUUGGCGGUGAGGGAGUACAGCAGGGCAUGCUGAAGAUGCUCGAGGGCACCAUUGUCAAUGUGCCAGAACGCAAUUCCCCCCGAAAAUUGCGUGGAGAGACUGUUCAGGUGGACACCACCAAUAUAUUGUUUGUGGCUUCUGGGGCCUACACGGGUCUCGAUCGUCUCAUUGCCAGACGCCUAAAUGAAAAAUAUCUGGGUUUUGGGAUGCCAGCUACAUCAUCAGAGGGACGACGUGCUGCUCAGGCUGUUGCUUCACCCAUGGACAAUGAUCAGGCUGAGCGUGAUGCAUGCCUGAGGAAGGUUCAAGCGAAGGAUUUAGUAGAAUUUGGCAUGAUUCCCGAAUUUGUUGGACGUUUCCCCGUAUUGGUCCCAUUCCACAGUCUCGAUGUUGGUAUGCUGGUGCGAAUACUGACGGAACCACGUAAUGCCCUUGUGCCCCAAUAUCGUGCACUUUUGGGGAUGGAUCAGGUGGAAUUGUCCUUCACCAAUGACGCUCUUCAGGCCAUAGCACAGUUGGCAAUGGAACGACAGACGGGGGCUCGUGGUCUUCGGGCAAUAAUGGAGAAUUUGCUGCUGGAGCCAAUGUUUGAGGUGCCUGCGUCAGAUGUCAAGGAGGUGCUAAUUGAUGAAAAUUGUGUUCGGGGUCAAUCAACACCCAAUUAUAUACGUCAUUCGGGUCCUGUAACAUCAAAUACAUCCAAGGACACCUCCCUAAGUCCCACAACGUCUCCCGAAGAGGAGGAAAGUACAAAAGUACGUGUCCAACAAUAACAAAUAGCCACAGAGCGCUCUUCGUGAAGGCCAUAUAGCAAAAAAAAAGAAAAGAUAUACCACAAGGAAGAUACAAGGAUACAAAAUAAUUGUACUCUGCAUGUCCCAAUGAUCUUUUGCUUGUCAACUUCUCCAAAAACAAAGCAGAUUCAAAAGAAAAAUUAGGAAGUUAUCUAGAGCAGAGAAAAAAAAUUCAAAAAAAUACAAAUAUUGUAGAUAAAGUGGGGUGAGAAUAUUUAAAAAUAAAAAUAAAAAAAAGUUUAAAAAAAUAUCGCACCACGAGUUAAUUCAUUAAAAUUAAUAUCGCUUCUGGUGUGAUUGAUAGGACAAAAAAAAAACAAGAAAUAAAUGUGUUGAUUUUCACAAGAUUUAUUUUUAUUAAAUUUCAAUGAAGAACA